AUGGCAUCCACUUCUGCUCCGAGUCCCGAGGACGCCUUUGAGCUGUUCGACCUGCGGGUUGAGGUCGUUUGCCCACCAGGCAAGAGAAUCCUGUGCGGUGCGAAAGAAGGAGAUUACUUCACUCUGAAAGGCGAGAUGUUGUAUCUGCCACCAGAGCAAGGCAUCAGCAUAUACAGCUUGUCAUCGGUGCUACCCCUACUCGCCGCAAAGCAACGAGUAACUUCUAAAAACGACUGGAUGACAACGGAUGCAUUGAUUGCAUGUCCGGAUCCUUGUUGUCCUUCCCAGCUCAAGAUUGUCCGAGAAGGCAUCAGAACUUUCCGCCAUUCGGAGACUACCGCCGUUCCUUUGAAGAACACCGAUAUACCUAAAUAG